UGCAGCACAAAUCCAGAGUUGUUGAAUGAGCUUGCCCUAGCACAAAGCCCCAAGUUUUUGGUAUUUGCAUGCUCGGAUUCCCGAGUGAGUCCCUCGCAUGUUCUUCAUUGCACACCUGGACAAGCCUUUCUGGUUCGCAACAUUGCUAACAUGGUUCCUGCAUAUGACCAGCUAAGGUACACAGGAACUGGAGCAACCAUUGAGUAUGCUGUAGAAGAACUCGGGGUAGAAAACAUUUUGAUAGUGGGACACAGUAGUUGCGGAGGAAUAAAAAGGCUAAUGUCUUAUCCCGAGGAUGGUUCCGCUCCACUGGUCUUUAUAGAUGAUUGGAUGAAAACGGCUUUACCUGUCAAGACAAAGGUUAUUGCGGAAGCUGGCGAUACCGAUUUCCAGGAACAAUGUGAUCGUUGCGCAAGGAAAGCAGUAAAUUUGUCAUUGGCAAACCUACUCACAUAUCCCUUCGUUCAAGAGGCACACUCGGAGAAAAAACUAGCACUUCGGGGUGCUUACUAUGACUUUGUCAACGGACGUUUCGAGCUCUGGGAGCAUGGUUCCGACAAUAUCAUCAUAGCACCUUAGUUGCUUAAUUUGCAAGUCUUUGAAUAAGUAACCGCAAAUAAAGAAGAGGAACUCCAAGUGCUGCAUUUUGUCACAAUGCCUGUAUAAUGUUGCUUGUUCAGUUGAUUUUUCUUGAAUGAUGUCAUUUCUUCUUUAAAUGUACUCCAUUUUCCCGCCAAAAAAAAAGAGUGCUGUUUUUAGAAAC